AUGGCAGACAAGACCAAGGCAGAGGAGGACUACUCCAUCAAGCCCCAGGCUGUCACUCCAGCUCUGGACGCGAGCAAUUGGCCGCUCCUGCUCAAGAACUACGACAAACUCCUCAUCCGCACUGGCCACUUCACCCCGAUCCCCCACGGUUGCUCGCCGCUGAAGCGUGACAUCAAGUCCUACAUCUCGUCCGGCGUGAUCAACCUUGACAAGCCUUCCAACCCGUCCAGUCACGAGGUCGUCGCGUGGGUCAAGCGCAUGCUCCGCGUUGAGAAGACCGGCCACAGUGGUACUCUUGAUCCCAAGGUGACGGGAUGCUUGAUCGUCUGUGUCGACCGAGCUACGCGUCUCGUCAAGUCCCAGCAGGGUGCUGGUAAGGAGUAUGUCUGCGUCAUCCGACUCCACGACAAGGUCCCCGGCGGCGAGGCCGAGUUUGCGCGUGCCCUUGAGACUCUCACCGGCGCCCUCUUCCAGAGACCUCCUCUGAUCUCUGCCGUCAAGCGUCAACUUCGUAUCCGAACCAUUCACGAGAGCAAGGUUAUUGAGUUCGACAACGAGCGCCACCUCGGUGUUUUCUGGGUCAGCUGCGAGGCCGGUACCUACAUUCGAACUCUCUGCGUCCACAUGGGUCUUCUGCUGGGUGUUGGAGCUCACAUGCAGGAGCUUCGUCGUGUUCGCAGCGGUGCUAUGGAUGAGACCAAGGACCUGGUCACGCUGCACGAUGUAUUGGACGCUCAGUGGCUGAUGGACAACACCCGCGACGAGUCAUACCUCCGAAGGGUGAUCCAGCCUCUGGAGACCCUUCUGACCUCCUACAAGAGAUUGGUGGUCAAGGACAGCGCUGUCAACGCUGUCUGCUAUGGCGCUAAGCUUAUGCUUCCCGGUCUGCUGCGCUACGAGGCUGGCAUUGAACUGCACGAGGAGGUUGUCCUGAUGACUACCAAGGGCGAGGCCAUUGCCAUUGGCAUUGCACAGAUGUCUACUGUUGAGAUGUCCUCGUGCGAUCACGGUGUUGUUGCCAAGGUCAAGCGUUGCAUCAUGGAGCGCGACCUGUACCCGCGUCGCUGGGGUCUCGGCCCUGUCGCCGUCGAGAAGAAGAAGCUGAAGGCUGACGGCAAGCUCGACAAGUUCGGCCGACCCAACGCUGCGACCCCCGCGAAGUGGACCGAGGGUUACACUGACUACUCUCCUGGUGCCGGUGACGAGGCCGCUGCGCCUGCCGCUGCUCCUGCUGCAGUAUCAUCGCCCGCCAAGCCCGCUGAGGCGUCUGCCGCUGAGCCCAUGGAGGAGGACAGCCCGGAGAAGAAGAAGAAGAGCCGAAAGCACGACGGCGAGACGGCGGAGGAGAAGGCCGAGAGGAAGAGGAGGAAGAAGGAGAAGAAGGAGAAGAAGGCCGCCAAGAAGGCCGCGGAGAGCGACGAGGAUAGCGAUUGA